AUGGCUCUCUCAAAGCACAUUAACCCGAACAGACUCAUCCGCGAGUCCAAGGAUAAAAAGUACAACCAUCAUCAUUUGAUCAGUACUAAGGAAUCCCAUUCUGCAUCUCACCCGUAUGGAGCGCGGUACGGAAUUACAUCUACACCCAAGUUUCAUAUCCCUUCCAAGGGCACCCCAGCGCAGAUCGCUUAUCAGCUGAUCCAUGAUGAACUCUCCCUCGAUGGAUCUCCCUGUCUCAAUCUUGCGUCCUUUGUAAACACCUGGAUGCCAGAGCCCGCGGACAAGUUGAUGUUAGAAAAUAUGUCCAAAAACUUAAUUGAUCAGGAUGAGUAUCCUAUGACGCAGGAAAUCCAUACCCGUUGUGUCUCGAUCCUUGCUGAUCUUUGGCAUGCACCUUCGACACAUCAGGCAAUUGGGACUGCCACUACUGGUUCAUCGGAAGCUAUACAAUUGGGUGGUCUUGCCAUGAAGCGACUCUGGCAAGAGCGUCGCAAGGCUCAGGGCAAGUCUAUCCACGAACCUGGCCCCAACAUCGUCAUGGGUGCGAAUGCCCAGGUCGCUCUUGAAAAAUUUGCACGUUACUUCGAGGUUGAAUGCCGCCUCGUACCGGUCAGUGUCGAGAGCAAAUAUAGACUCGACCCUAAGAAAGCUAUGGAAUAUGUUGACGAAAAUACCAUUGGCGUUUACGUGAUCCUCGGUAGUACUUACACCGGUCACUACGAGCCAGUAAAGGAGAUGUCUGACCUCCUCGACGAAUAUGAGCAGAAGACUGGAAUCAGCGUCCCCAUUCACGUCGAUGGAGCUUCGGGUGCCUUCGUCGCGCCCUUUGCGCAUCCAAAGCUACUUUGGGACUUCAAGCUUCCGCGGGUUGUCUCUAUCAACACCUCGGGUCACAAGUUUGGUCUGGCUUAUGUAGGUAUCGGCUGGGUGGUAUGGCGGUCCAAGGAGUACCUCCCGAAGGACCUCAUUUUUGAGUUGCAUUACCUUGGUUCAAUCGAGUACUCAUUCUCACUCAAUUUCUCCCGUCCUGCCGCACCCAUCAUCGCUCAAUACUUCAACUUUGUUCAUCUCGGGUUCGAGGGAUACCGCGCGGUAGCCAAGGAUGACCUCAAGAAUGCAAGGCUUUUGAGUCGUGCUCUCGAGAAGUCUGGCUGGUACACAGUUAUCAGCGAUAUACACCGACCAAAAGCCGAAGAUAUCAAUACCCAGGAUUUCGACGAAGAAAAUCCGGAGAACUAUGAAGACGGUCUUCCGGUUGUGGCAUUCAGGUUCUCCGACAGCUUCCAAGAGUCAUACCCUGAAAUCCAACAGAAAUGGAUUCAAAUUCUCCUGCGAACUAAAGGGUGGAUUGUCCCUAACUACGAACUUGCCCCUGACUUGGAACAGGUUGAAAUCCUCCGGGUCGUCAUCAGGGAGCACGCGACUGAAUCGCUGGUGGACCGCCUGUUAGAAGAUAUCAUCGAGGUCACCGAAGACCUCAUCAAGGAAGAGUCCCCGACAAAUACCCUCACCUUACUUGGGAAACACAGCCAUAAACGCCCUAACAGUGCUGGUAAGAUGGACGAAGGCUCUGCGUCCGAGUACUCUGGGACGUACUCCAAGCAGUGUUAG